AUGUUUAGCGAAGAAGAGUUACAGGAUAUAAGUGUGUUGCAGAGAGGAGAUGAUUAUGUGGAGGUUGUGUGUGGAUGCACCAGUCGUAGACAUGGCGAUGCUGGUGCUAGACUUAGGAUUUUCAAUUCUGGUGAACUCAAAAUUGCUUGUGAAUGUUACCCUGGCUGCCCUGAAGAUAACCUUACUCCAUUUGCAUUUGAGAAACAUGCUGGAAAAGAGACUUGCAGAUGGAAAAAUAAUAUUUGGAUCUUUAUUGAUGGUUACAAAGUUCCAUUGAUAAAGACUGCACUACUGAAAUUCUACAACAUGUCUCCAAAGCAUGCCAAGAGGUCACAUAAAUUUGUUCAUCGUGAUGAAUUUAUCAAAUGUACCAAGUGCGAUAAAAGACGUAGGUUCUAUCGACGCUCUAAGAAGGAAUGCAGAAUCUACCAUGAUGCAUUGGCCAAUGCUAAUUUUAAGUGCUCAGAUAUUCCUUUUGACAAAUUUUCAUGUGAUGAUGCUGAAGAGCGAGCAAGUCGAAGUGCGUGUAAGGGAUGUUUGCGUUCCCCAACAUGUGGAGGUUGCACUUCUUGUGUGUGCUUUGGAUGUGAAGUGUGUUGUUUCUCAGACUGCGAUUGCCAGACUUGCAUUGACUUCAGAAAGAACACAAAAGCUUAA